UCACGUACUUAAGCUUCCUCUGUAGAUACAAGAUGCCGUUUGAAAUGCAUAACGUUAAUUUGAAGAGCGGACAAACUCUGAAGAUUAAAGGAAAGAUUACUGAUGAUGCAGACAGAUUUGCGGUGAACUUGGGGAGCAAUGAAGGUCAUCUUGGGCUUCACUUCAACCCUCGUUUCCACGAUGAUGUUGAUGGUGCUGUAAUUGUCUGCAACUCGAAGUGCGAUGGCUGCUGGGGCAGUGAGCAGAGGGAAAUGGAGUUCCCCUGCGCCAAAGGGAUUGAAAUCAAGCUAUAUGUCACUUUCAAGGGGGACAGCUUUGAAAUAAAGCUCCCGAAUGAUCAUGUGAUAGAGUUCCCCAACAGAUUAUCCUUGGAUAAAAUCGACUACAUAUCCGUGUGGGGAGACUUCGAAAUAGCUUCCUUCAAGUUCAUUUAAAAUGUCUGCAAUACCAUACCAGCUCCCACACAAAAAAAAGGAGCAACCAAUGAGUGCUGGAAAUUAAGAAAUGUAAUAAAUGUUGGGAACAUGCAGUUCUGUCAAGUGUCUGGAUGUAAAAGAUUUGA